AUGGACGCCUCGCGACAAGGAAUCGAAAACUCAGACCUCGAAAAACUCAACGACAAGGACAAGCAGGAGCUUCGUCAGUUCCUUGCCAACGAGUCACAAAGAUCGCAGAUCCAGUCCCAAACACAUGCGCUCACCGAGAUCUGCUGGAAAAAGUGUGUCACGGGCUCCAUUCGAGGAUCCAAGCUGGACAAUGGCGAGGAGAAAUGUCUAGCAAACUGCGUCGACAGGUUUUUGGACGUCAACUUCUUGACCAUGAAGCACCUGAACAGCAUGCGUUCUGGUUAAAAUAAAGAUUUUGUACAAAAACAUGACGGCAUCACUGUAUCAUUAACAGUGGAAUAUCUUGUGUGUACUAAAUUGACAACGUUCGUCGCAUGCGCAGUCCAAAA